AUCAUCACUUGGACCACCACCUUAUAAUUUGAAGAAAAUCGCCAUCGCUUGUGAUUUUGUACCGCGGCCUUAAAUCAGGUGAGGUGGUGGUUGACGCCCACUACACUUGCACGCGCAGCAAUGCAUGCGCCGAGUGCAUGUUAUUUGUACGGGAGUCAGCGACGAAGACCUUGAACGACCGAGCCGCCGCGUGCAUGCGAGCUGUCCUACGUGAUCGCCGAGAACCGCCACACAGUGCGUCUUCCACCCGCAUACGAACAGCAACUCAGUGCUACCUUAUUUCUCUCACCUCAUUUUUAUUUCUCUGUGCUUAUCUGUAUUUGCUUUCUAAUAUAUAAUUGCUAUUAAUCUUAAUAAUAUCAUUCAUUUUCUCGUGCUAAAAAUCAUUAUUGCUAUCCUCCUUCCCUGCUGCGCUCGCUUCACCACCGUGUUAAUCUGAACUUUAAGAUUAACGCCGUACAGGUCAAAUUCCCACGAAGUUGUUGGUGCCGGUACUACUACCCGCACCACAUUGGUGACCCCAAAUACUGCGCCGUGAAGAGCAAGCGAUCCAGGUGUCCAGGAGCAACAGAAAAGGAACUAAGGUCAGGCAAAACUUUUAUUUCUACUCAGUGAGUGACGAAAGUGCGGGGUGUGGUCUCAUCGCAUAAGCGGAGCGAUUUUAACCACUUUCAAAAAUGACGGAACCGGAGGGUUUCGUUGACUAUAAGGACGCUCCUGUUAUCCAAAGAGAGGUCUCUGGAGUAGGAAUGCCAUUGCGUUGCCCGCCAUUUUGCCCGGAAGAACCGGCUCUAUGGUUCGCGCAGCUGGAGGGCCAAUUUGUUCUCUCUAGAAUCACGAGCGAUUCAACAAAAUUUUAUUAUGUGUCCGCUCAGCUAGAAACUAAAUAUGCCUUGCAAGUCAAGGAUAUAAUCACAAACCCGCCUGAGGCAAAUAAAUACCAGAUUUUAAAAACCGAGCUAAUGAAACGGUUGUCAGCUUCCCAGGAGAAGCGCAUACAGCAAUUACUUUGCCACGAAGAAUUAGGUGACCGCAAACCGUCGCAAUUCUUACGGCACUUGCAAAGCCUGGCUGGGCCAUCAGGCGCUACAGAUUUCGUCAAAAGUAUUUGGACUAAUCGGUUACCCCAAAACAUUCAGACAGUCAUUGCCUCACAAAUAACUGAGUUACAGGUGGAACAAUUAGCUGACAUUGCAGACAGGGUGUACGAGAUAGCUCCGACGACACCGCAGGUUGCCAGUACCUCCACACGCGCCAGCGACACUGAUCUGGCAAGAACAGUCACCGAGUUGACAAAACAGGUAGCGGCACUCACCCUGCAGAUGAACAGAAGAGGAAGAGACCACUCGCGCUCACGUUCCCGCUAUCACAGAAGCGCUCACAGAAGGUAUGACCGUUCUAAUAGUAGACUACGGCAGCCACCUCCAAACCACCCACACUGUUUCUAUCACUAUACCUACGGUGACAAGGCUAAGAACUGCAAGGAACCCUGUACGUAUAAAUCGGAAAACAGCAAGGGCGGUCGCAAGUAGCGGCUAACGACUGCCCCACUUCUG